AUGGCUGCGCAGCUCAGCUCCGCGCAGGAGACGAGCGCCUUUGGCUCCUUUGCUUCGGGCGGCGGCAACGAGGCGGCUGCGGGCGAGUGGGCCGACUUUGGGUCCGGCGGCGACGAUUUCGGCGACGCAUACGUGCCCUUUUUGCCGCCUCCACCGUCACGGCCUAAGACCGAUGCGGAGAAGUUCGCGGCGCUGAUGGAGGCGGAGGAGUGGGAGAAGGCUGCGCACUUUGCGGCCACGUCUCCCUCGCAGGAGCUGCGCACGCGCGAGACGGCGGCCAAGGCGACCGACGGCGGUAAACCGCCCGUGCUGCGGACAGACUCACCGUAG